GGCCAAGUGGAAUGGCGACCUUCCAAAAUCUUGUGGCUCUUCAAGGAUAGAUGCUUCUGAAGCUCGAUCUGUUGCAAGCAACGUCAGUCCCACAUGUACUUGUUUUGAAGAGCUGACAGAAAAGCGCGCAGUGCCGUCUGGUGGCACCAGCAUUAGUUUUUAAAUGUGGCCCCCAGUCUCCUUUACUGGAAAACUUGAGAGACAAUGAGUUGUAUCAAACAGCUCUGCAUCAACCACUCAGCAAGCAAUUUGCAGGGAAGCCAGUAGUUGCUGAUGAUUGGAUAGGGUGUUGGGGCAAACUUCAACCCCUUUACCUGUCAAUCGAGUAGCCUCUCUGCUCAGACUGCGUCUCGUAGAGUUCACCAUGAAUGGGGUGGUGUUCUUCCAAUAGUGAACAUGCUCGUUUUUCCGUUCUUGGGGCGGUCCAAGGGAACUGGAAAUGAGGCCACUAAAAAGCAGGAGAAAGCCAAGGAAGAGUGCAGCUGCGAGACUCUUUCAGUGAUUGUUCCAGCUUUCAAUGAGGAGGCAAACAUCAGCGGUGCACUAAAAAGUGCACGAAGCCCCAAAGAUGCCGAACGUGCGGCAGAGAUCAUUGUUGUCGAUGGGGGUUCUACGGAUAAGACGCGCGAGAUCGCAAAGUCUAUGGGUGCACGAGUUAUUGAAGCACCAAAAGGCAGGUCGGCCCAGAUGAACGCGGGGGCCCAAGUUGCAAAGGGGGAUGUGCUGCUCUUUCUGCAUAGCGACUGUGUUCUUCCCCCAGGGUACCAGAGCCUUAUUCUGGAUGCCAUGUGCCCCUCAGACACAGGGUCACCAUCCCCUCCACCAGAAGCCACCCUCCCACAAACCAAAGCAGGCAUGGCUAGAAGCAGACCUCCUUCCCCCCCGGGCUGGGGAGCUUUCACAAAGAUCGCACUCGACGGCCCUGGCGCAGGGCUCCGGAUGGUGGAGAAGGGGGUCGAGAUGCGAACCAGGUGGAAACACCUUCCCUACGGAGAUCAGGGCAUCUUUGUCCACCGCCGCCUGUUUGAAGAGGUGGGAGGCUACCGCGACAUGCCCCUCAUGGAGGACUACCAGUUGGUUCGCGACCUUAAAAAGCUCAGCCAACCGACGCUGAUAGAUGCGACCAUCACAGCAUCGGCGAGAAGAUGGGAGAAGAAAGGUGUCCUACAAACAACGCUAACAAACCAAUUUAUUAUCAUGGCCUACAAACUUGGCGUGCCCCCUUCGCGUCUGGCUGUCUGGUAUCGUGGUGAAGGGGGAUACUUUUGGCAGCUAUGGAAGGAGGACAAAGGAAGCAAGUAAGCCGAUCUGUAACUUUAAUGUGUUUGACAUGUUGAGAUCUUCACAAUCUGUUGAUUGUCAAGGCCAUAAUACACUGACAUUGCAGAAGGUCAAAGCUCACGUUAUGUUUGAGCUCUCAUGCUUAAGCUCACGUCAGCCAAUGGAGGAGCUCCAGCCUGCGUCACCUUAGGAAAGUAUCUCAGCGCUGCUUUGGAACACGUUCAUAGCAGGUCGUUCACGUGAGACCAUAAAGGGC